AUGGUCCGCCGCCGCCGAGCGCCACUAUGGACUGUGGCCACUGUCGCCUUCGCGCUCUGUGUCCCGACCGUCGCGGGGAACUACACAACCGUUGAGAUCUACUCGGACGCCAACUGCGAGUCGAUCCCCUUAGUCGUGACCUUAGAAGUCGUCGUCGCCGCCCACGACGACCACCACCACCAACAACAACCGCACCAACGGAGCAACGCCACCUCUGGCUGCACGUCCACUGACACGUGUGUGGCCUUGGAGAUCAACGACUCGGUCUACUACUACGCGCGACGGUGUGCAACGGACCGCUUCGAGUACGCGUCGACGCUCUUUAGCGGCGCGAAAUACCUCAUGAUCGACGGCUUCCGCGGACGCGGCUGCCGCUCGUACGUCCGGUCGAACAUCUUCUUGGCGGCCGGCACCUGUCAACUCGCGUCGUACGUCGGCACGCGGAGCGAAAUCGCGACGCUCUUUAACGACGGAUCGGCCUACAUGACGAUCUACAACGACUCGGCCUGCAGCGUCAAAGCCCAGAAGUUCGACCUCAACGCCUCGACGAUCCAGGAGCACGCGUGCUACCGCGGGUUCAACAAGUUCUACACGUCGGACCACACGGGCGUGGCGGCCGCAACGAACGCCGAGAGCGGCAGCGGCCGCAACACGACCGUGGCCACUACACAGCUCCCGCACGUGGCGGCCAUGAGCACGAAAGCGCUGCUGGGGAUCGUCGCUGCCUGCCUCGUGAUUGUCGUUGUACCGGUCGUUGUGAUCUACUGGAAAGUCCGCCGCACGAAGCGCAAGGACAAGCGCGCGCGGCGGACGCCGAGGCCCCACGACGUGGCGCUGGCCGUGAGUGGCAAACACGAGCUCGAAGAACAGUACGCGUUCGACGGGUCGCCUCGCAGCGGGCAGGAGAGUACCUGUCGCUCGUUCACGCGUCGGUCGGUGGCGUCGGCGUUGCAGACGAGUCACGUCGUGCGGACCGAUGCGCAGCGGGACAGUCCGUUGGCUGCUCAUGUACCAAAGAAGACGACUGAAGCGCUACAAAGUGGAGAGCUACGAAGUGGAGACGGGUUGCGCUCUGGAUCGACUGGACAAUGUGGUCGACUGCAGCCCCACGAGCUGUGUGCGCGUAGCAAUCGCUUACAGCGUCAGGACUUGGCCAGUGAAGCUGUGUCGGGUCCUCCUAUGCAGAGUGAAGGCGGUCUGAGGUCGGAGGAGAGGCAGCACGAAAGAGAGCGGAAGCAUGUCGAUGAUCGAGCGGUAAGUGGUGGUCGGGUUCCGAACGACUCUGCGUGGGGCACUCCGAUGCUGGACGCUGUUGAUCUCCGAAGUCAUCACAACGCACAGGGUCUUGUACAGAGUGAUAUGGCUCGUGGCACUGAACAAAACAGUGGCCAGCCGAUCCAUGCGCAACGCCUGCGGGGUCCAGUGACGAAGGACAGCGUGUGCGAAGACGACGCGGUUUUGUCGUCUCGGAUUCCACGAGACAGCGUGUUUGUCGAGGACUUGAUCGGUCGGGGAGGGUACGGCGAAGUGUAUAAGGGCGUGUACGAAGGCCGCUCGGUUGCAGUGAAAAUGCUGUUCCCCGAGACGAGGAAGAACACGCGCUACGUGACCGAGUUCCUGACCGAAGUCAAGCUCAUGACAGUCUUGGACCACCCACGUGUCGUGCAGUUUAUCGGUGUGUCUUGGAAUAAUUUGAUGGACUUGUGUGUCGUGACCGAGUUCAUGGCAGGAGGGGACUUGCGCGCAUGGCUGAGCGAUUGUGCAGACAACAAUGGUUUGGUGGGCUUUGACUUCGCCAGAGUGAAAAUCGCCACGCACGUUGUCCACGCGCUUGCGUACUUGCACGCGCUGACUCCAUCCGUGAUUCAUCGUGACUUGAAAUCGAGGAACAUCUUGCUGAGCGAGGACCAAGACGCAAAGUUGGCUGACUUUGGUGCGUCUCGGGAGCGAGUCGAUGGUACCAUGACAGCAGGAGUUGGCACGUCGCUCUGGAUUGCACCGGAAGUGACAAUGGGCGAACGAUACGAUGAAAAGGCCGACAUGUUUUCGUUUGGUGUCGUGCUGUCUGAAUUGGACUCUCUACAGAAUCCGUAUGCCCACGCAAAGGAGAACAAUCCAGCAGGACGCAAGAUGCCGGACACAGCUAUUCUUCAGCUGGUGGCUAUGGGUAAAUUACGCGUCGAGUUCUCUCCGAAAGCUCUCAAGGGAGUAGUCGAGCUUGGUACAGCAUGUACAUCUAUCGAUCCGACCGAGCGGCCCACGGCAGCUCAGGCAUACCAGAAGCUCCAGAUGAUAUUGAAUCAAGAGGCAGCAAAAGCUGCAAACGUGAAAUAA